AUGAACAACCAACGCCGGUACAACGUAGAGCGAUCAUGUCUACGCUGCCACGCGCACAAGAUCAAGUGCGACAAGGCCUCACCAUGCAGCAAAUGUGUGCGAAAGAACAUACCCUGCCAAUAUCCAGGUCCGAGCCGAGUCAAACGUCAACCCUCGAAGAAAAGCACCGACCUUGCGGCACAGUUGGAGAAGCUUGAACAGUCCAUCGCGGCGAUGAUCAACGAACGGCCGACUAGUCUGCACGGUCAAAACCAAAACCCAAGCACAGGCCCGGCGCCGAAUGACCGAUCCGACCACAAGCCCCCAAGCAACCCGCCUGCAGCAGACCAGGGGUUUCUAGGUAAAGACGGCCGGUAUAUCAACGAGCCUCUUCUCUCGCGGUUGCUGGACAAAGAGCCGGAUAUAAAGUUUGCAAUUGGAUCGCCCAUUAGUGCGAGCAGUCCGCGACGAGCACCGGUGUUGAAGGCAGAUGGUCUUUUCUCGAACCCGCUCCAGGGCCAGAUUGACCCACGGGAUCUAUUUCCGAGUCGUUGGCAGGCAGUUUCGCUCUGGGAGACAUUUAUUAGCCGUGUAGAUCCUUUGAUUAAGGUUAUUCAUGUUCCAACUGCGCAAUCGAGCAUCUUUGCUGCGAUUAACAGACCUGAAAGUGCGCGUGCUGAUGUACGUGCUUUGCUCUAUGCGAUUUGUUUUGCGGCUGUAACAACCUUGCUUUCAGAGGAUACCCAGAAUGAAGUCUUGCUCGCCGACCUGCGGCGGUAUCAGCAAGGGUUGGAGUUGUCUUUGUAUCACUCCGAGUUUUUGGAUGCUCCAACUCUGACUUCGUUACAAGCGAUGGUAAUAUAUCAGGCAUGCUUUCGAUUUAGCAACAGCGGCCGAUCUGGCUGGACAUUACACGGCGUAACUAUCCGAGCUGCGCAAUCCAUCGGUCUCCAGCGGGACGGAAAAUACUUCAAACUCCCAAUAAUUGAAUGUGAGCUCCGUCGACGAACCUGGUGGCAUAUCCAAUCUGCCGAUGCCAGAGUAGCAGAAGACCAUGGGCUCAAAGUCCCAGAAAACGACCACGGCGACACUGAAAUCCCUCUCAAUAUCGACGAUCAGAACAUAUCACAGAUGAAUAUCGCUCCAGCUGUAUCGCAGAGCCGAUGGACAGAGAUGACAUUCUCUCUAAUCGUAAUAGAAAUCAACCGGGGCCGGCCCGCUUUAGUUCGAAGCUUAGUGGGAGCAGCUGAUCCAGAACGUCUCAUCGCCGAAUUCAAACGCUCAAUACAGGAUAAAUACCUCCAACACAGCGACCCAGACAUCCCGAUUCAACGCUUUGGCUUCCUCCUCGGGUGGCUGCUCCUCACAAAGUUUGAAGUAUAUAUUCGACAGAAACAGCUACAGUCACAGGGCCCGGCCGCCUCUUCACUCGACUACAACCUUGUCCAAGAGACUCUAGCACAAGCCUGCCAUGGAAUGGAAAUCGACAUCGAGCUACACAGUAACGAAUUACUGCGCGGCUUCCGCUGGCUGAUGAUGACUUUCAUUCAGUAUCACCUCCUCACCUUCAUCCUCUGGAGUCUAUGUGUGUAUCCCACCGGCCCACAUAUCGAACGAGCCUGGCGCGCUAUCGAUGCGCAGUUCGCUUUGACCGAUAGCCCCUCUUGGCCGGACCCGGGACCUAGGUGGCCGAUUAUUGUACAGUUGCGGGAUAAAGCACGGCUUAUCCGUCAGACACACGAUGAGCAGAGUCAGCAAAUCGUUCAGGAAAAUCGUCCUGUCUGUACUGAUGGAACUGGGACUGGGACUGGGGAUUCUCGACCUGAGACGGGCUUCGAUAUCGAUUGUUGGGAUCCAAACUUUGUCGACUUUUCCGAUUGGAAUAACCUGGCUCAGAGUCUUUCUCUCUUGGGUUGA